CGUCAACACUCUGCGUGUCUUCCAAAAAGCCCACACGGCGACAGAUUCUGCCUAUCCUCAAAAAGCUUGAGGCACACCUGGCUGUAAAAGAUGGAGACACAGUCUUCGUGUCAAACCUCAAAAAACAGGUUUGGGCAAACCUAUCCAAGCGCUACCAGAAUGAUGAGAUCAGGGCCUUUCUCCAGCUGACCAGUGCGUUGGAUCCACGCUUUAAACAUAAAUUGGAUGAUGACACCAUCUGGUACAAGAUCCAGAGAAAGCUGAUUGAACAGUCAACAGAGGAAGUCUGUGGAGUUGAUGGGGACACCAUGCAGUCUGAGAAUGAGGCAAAUGAGGAGAACGAGGAUGAGCAGGAGAGUCAACAGCCUCCCUGCAAACUGCCCAAGAAGACUCCCUUGGAGGAGCUGUUUGCUGAGGAAGAGGCACAGAGCAUAGUGUCACAGCAGAGCUCCAUGUCCAUCAAGAAACGAGUGGAGAGGGAACUGCAGAUGUACCAGGAAGUUCCACCGAUACCUAUGUCUGACGGCCCUGCUGCAUGGUGGUGGAACCAACAAAAGACUUAUCCUUUGCUGUCAGAUCUCACUUUCUCCUAUUUAUGCAUUCAAGCUUCUUCCACACCCAGCGAACGUGUAUUUUCCACAGCAGGAGACACUAUCUGUCCAGAACGCUCACGCAUCCUGCCUGAGAAGGCGGAUAUGGUCAUUUUCCUAAACAAGAACUGUCUCUGAUUUUGUAAAUGUGUUUGUGAUGGGCGUGGCCUGUGCGCCUGCGGGGUGUGGCAGGGCCGGCCUCGAGGUUGGCGACAGGUGAUUGGAUGACACAGCUGAAAGUGUUUGUCUAUUCACCUGUCGCUCUGUAAAAGGCCGUAGUCGGGAGGCGGCGGGGGAGAGAGACGGACGGAUAGUUGCUGAAAAGCAGAAGGACAUUUGCAAAAAGACACACAAUUGCUGGAAAGCAAAAAGAGAUUUAUUGAAAAAUAAAGCCUUGUCAAAAGUGAA